AUGAAGCCCCGGGGGGCGAGGGUCAUGCAUGCCUUCACUGCACUCACCAUGCUCACCAUGGCCAAUGCUCAAACGACUUGCAACCAGGGAAUGGGAAGAGUCAUGUAUGAAAGACUGCCUAAUCAACAGCUACAUGGAUUUGAUGAUGAUGUUGUCCGCGAGACGGCGCCACCUUUUCGCGUCUUGGAGAAAUGCCAGGAUUUGUGUCUGCGUGACCGUUCUGGUAACAGCCUGGUUAGGACUUGCAACUCUAUUGAUUUCCAACCUGGUGCUAGAAUAGCUGCAUUCAGCCCUGAACCAGAAUAUGAGGAGUCUACUUGUUAUCUCACAAGGGAACAGGCCGCUCCUGAAGGCAUUGGAACCCUCAUGAUUGUACCAAACAGCGUCCAUUUCAAUGAAAUCUGCCUCACAUCGAAUCGGCCGGAGCGUGAAUGCCCGUCCCGUCGGUAUGUUUUCGAACGCCAUGCUCGAAAGCGACUCAAACUUCCUCCUUCAGAUCUCAAGGAAAUAAUGGUUACUAACCGAACAGAAUGUGAAGAUAAAUGCCUGGGAGAGUUUAGUUUUGUAUGCCGAUCUGCCACUUAUGACUCUGCUCUGAGGACUUGCUCGCUAAGUAGAUUUACUCGAAGAACACAUCCAGAGUUGUUAGAAGACGACCAUAACGCUGAUUAUUUAGAAAAUACUUGCUUAAAUGCCGAACGUCGUUGUGAUGGCUUAGCAGUUUUCAUUAAAGAAGAAAACAAGCGCCUCGGCGGACCGUUCGAAGCCGAUGUGUUUUCUAACAUGACUCUUGAUGAAUGCCAAGCAAUGUGUGUGCGAGCUGAGAAAUAUUUCUGUCGAUCCAUCGAGCAUGAUGCUAUGACUCGCCAGUGUGUUCUGUCCGAGGAAGACUCGGUUUCACAAAAAGACGACGUGACUGUUAGCGCAUCUCCCACCCAUCACUUCUAUGACCUUGUUUGCCUGGACAAUCCUCGUGGCACGGAGUACCCGGACAACAGUGUGACGUCACACCUGUUCUCUCCCGGACGUCGACCAGACACGGCCUUCCAGAGGUACAGGAACAGUCGGAUCACGGGCGAGUUCCACUCAGAGAUCACCGGCCGCUCCCUCAGCGAGUGUUUGGACGAAUGUUUGAGGCAGACAAGCUUCCAGUGCAGGUCGGCGGUAUACAGCGACCGCGCCAGGACAUGCCGGCUGAGCAGAUACAAUCAGAAGGAUAACAUGCGACUGCUUUACGAUCCCGAUUUCGAUUAUUAUGAAAAUUUGAUGCGUGGUAGUAAUGGAGGCGACCGGGAUCGAUACCCGCCAGGCGUAGACCGCUACCCGGACGAUGACCGGUACCCUGAUGAUGACCGGUAUGGCGACCGUCGGCCAGAUCGGUACCCAGACGACAGAUAUCCAUCUGGGCCUGACGACCGCUACCCCGACGACCGAUACCCACCUGGCGUCGGAUCAGACCGUUACCCGUCUGACAGAUAUCCUCCUGGAGUCGCAGACCGAUACCCAGCUGACAGAUAUCCACCCGGCAUCGAUCGGUAUCCUUCUGGUGUUGAUCGGUAUCCAUCUGGCCCUGAUCGAUACCCAAUUGGUCCAGAACGAUACCCAAUCGGUCCAGAACGAUACCCGAUUGGUGCUGAUAGGUAUCCAGUGGGAGCUGACCGAUAUCCUCCUAGUGCUGACAGAUACCCACCUGGAGUUGGGCUAGGUGUUGAUAGAUACCCUUCAGGGAGUGGAAGAUAUCCCCUUCCUGGUGGUGAUCGUUACCCAGUUGACGGUGGAAGACCCUACGACUAUCCUACUAACGACAUCGGAAGAUACCCAGUUGACCGAUAUCCUAUUAGCCGAUACCCUAUUGACGUUUAUCCUGAAAGGUUCCCACAAGACAGAUACCCGGAAAGAUUCCCUGUACGUGGCAGUGGCCGAUACCCGAGUAGACCGGGCUGGAGCUCUAGCCGCUAUCCUGAUAGGUUCGAUCAGGACCGAUACCCUGGAACUAACGAUUGGGGACGGUACCCGUUCAGUCGCUACCCAGUUGGGGUGAACAGAGACCCAGUACCUCUGGGCGGGGACCGAUACCCAGAUUUGUAUAACAAAUAUCCGCCGACCGGAUCAUCAUACCCCGGCUACGGACGUGGGGGCUAUUAUGGACCCGAUUAUGCUGGGCCUGAUCGAUUCCCUGACAGAGGUAUUCGACCAGGCACAGACAGAUAUCCUGUUGAACCUAGACCCAGUUUUGGUUUAAGACCCAGACCCAUUGAGAGGCCUAACGGAUAUCGCGGAUCUUAUCCUCCACCUGGUCCAGUGGAACGCCCUAUAAAUGGACCUGUGUACGGUGGCGGUGGACCUUCAUAUGGUAGUGGACCAGUUUAUGAACCUGAUGGCCCUAUUGGACCUGUAGGACCACCAAUCAAUGGUCUUGGUGGUCCAAUUAAUGGUCCAGUUGGUGGCCCUAUUGGUGGCCCCAUUGGAGGUCCAAUUGGAGGUCCUAUUGGUAAUGGCAUUGGUAGACCACCAAUCGGGCAAAGGCCGUGGCAAGGAUCGCGGUGUGAAGAGGACAGUUUUAGACAAGUGGGUAGACAACGCAUGCAAAGACGAUAUGUUCGACGAUUCACUACUGCUCAGUCACUGGCUCAUUGCCAACGAGAAUGCAUAGAGGCCAGAGACUUCAUCUGUCGGUCAUUCAACUAUCGAGGUGUAGACGGCGCGUAUGCUGGGGAACCUCGUGAUAAUUGCGAGCUGAGCGAUCGCGAUACUCGGGAGCUUGACGCUGCUAAUCCCGCGCAUUUUGAUAAUACAGCUAAUGAAUAUGAUUUCUAUGAACGAGCACUUGGCAGGAUGGCUGAUGAUUGCUUAGAUGUAUCCCAAGUCUGCAACGAAGAUGGAAUGGAGUUCACUCUGCGACUUCCUGAAGGAUUCUAUGGUCGAAUGUAUACUUAUGGCUUCUAUGAUCGGUGUUUCUUCCGCGGAAAUGGCGGAGUAGUAAACGUUUUGCGUAUCACUGGAGCUCAUGGGUAUCCUGAAUGUGGAACACAGAGGUACGGAGAUACAAUGACGAACAUCGUAGUGGUCCAAUUCAGUGACAACGUGCAAACUUCGCGAGACAAACGGUUCAACUUGACUUGUCUGUUUCGUGGCCCAGCCGAGGCAGUAGUCACGUCGAAUUACAUCGGUGCCGGGUCGGGCAGUCCCAUUCCCAUCGAAUAUCUUCCUGAGGAGAGCUCUUUGAACUCCAAAGUCCGUCUUAUGAUCCUGUACCAAGGCAGACCAACGACCACUAUUGCCGUUGGAGAUCCAUUAACAUUUAGAUUGGAAGCUCAAGACGGAUACAACUAUGCAACAGAUAUUUUCGCCACAAAUGUCAUCGCUAGAGAUCCUUAUUCUGGACGAUCGGUGCAGCUAAUUGAUCGCGUUGGAUGCCCUGUUGAUCCUGACGUAUUCCCAGAAUUGGACAAAGGUCGCAACGGUGAUUCUUUAGAAGCAAGGUUCAACGCUUUCAAGAUCCCAGAAUCAAACUUCUUAGUAUUUGAAGCCACAGUUCGUACGUGCCGCGAUGGAUGUCAGCCGGCAUAUUGUCCAAGUCACACAGGACGAUCGGAGCCAUCAUUUGGAAGGCGUCGAAGGGAUGUGAACUCGACACUUGGAGUUGAUGGCAAUGACACUGCCGAAGUGAAGACUACAGACAAUAAUGACACAAAGACGGACAAACAAGAUGAUAAAAACGCAGGCACUGUGUACAAAGUGUCGUAUGAAGAGGCUACCGUCGAUAAAUAUCUUAAGGAUGAGGUCGAGACCCCUAGUCAUGUGAGGAAGAUGAUUGAGGUAUUUGACAACCGCAACGAGUUACUAGAAGAGAAUGGAGAGAGUGACUCUUCCCCCGUAGUAGCAGCUGCCGGUAUCUGUGUCCCGCCGUAUCAUUACAGGGCAUUACUAGUGGCCCUCUGUGUGUUGCUGUCUUUACUACUGGCUAUGCUCACCGCUGCUCUUUAUAUCUAUAGACGUUAUUGGCGAGUGCUGCGCAAGAACAUUCAAGCGUCGUCACCUGCGCCGGCGCUGCGGCCAGUGACCCCGGGGCCUAGGCCUACAAGACCGUCGCUCUUCUCCGCGUCGCAUCUGCAUAAACCAUUCUCAUUGAGUGGAUUGGGAAGAACAUUUGCCGAGGUGGGCGAUGAAGCUGGUUCCUCGGGACGUUUAGCUAGUGCCUUUGACGAUGGUAGCGAGCCUAUCUACACCGACCCGUCCUUGUUCGAGCGCUCCCGGUCUCUACGCUCCCUUCACUCAUUGGACAUGAAACCCGACAGACGUGACCACCGCGCGUAA